UUUCCGAUGAAAUGACCUAAAAGAAGAUACCAUUAGCCACUCUGAAAAAGGGCAACGGUCUUUGAUGAAGGUAUCUCCUGUGAAGAAGAGUAGGAGAAAGGCUAUUAUUUCUAAAAACCUAAAAGAAGAUAUCAUGGGCCACUCUGAAAAAGGGCAAGGGUCUUUGACGAAUGUAGCUCAUGUGAAGAAAAGUAGGAGAAAGGCUAUUGUUCCUGAAGACCCAAAAGAAGAUAUUGCGCAUCCUGAUGGAAAACAGAGCCACUCGGAAAAAGGGAAAGGGUCUUUGACAAAGGUGUCUCCUGUGAAGAAAAGUAGGAGAAAGCCUCAUUUUUCUGAAGACCUAAAAGAAGAUAUUGUGCAUCCUGAUGGAAUACAGAGCCUCUCUGAAAAAGGGCAAGAGUCUUUGAAGAAGGUAUCUCCUGCGAAGAAACGCAGGAGAAAGACUGUUGUUUCUGUAGAGCCAAAAGAAGAUAUCAAGCAUUGUGAUGGAAUACAGAGCAGUUCUGAAAAAGGGCAAUCGUCUUUGACGAAGAUAUCUCCUGUGAAGAAAAAUAGGAGAAAGUCUAGUUUCUCAGAAGACCUAAAAGAAGAUAUUGUGAUAUUGCCUUCUCAAUGUAGACCAAUGUCUUCACAAGCUAAAGCCCGAUCUGCUGAAGUGUGUAAAGAAAACCUAAAGGGAAGCAUUCCGCAUCCAAGGAAGAGAGCUGCAAGCGGGUCUGUUAGAGAAGAGGUGGUCGGAUGCAGAAUAAAAGUUUGGUGGCCUCUUGAUCAGAAGUUUUACAAAGGCAAAAUCAUGGAUUUUUAUGACUUAACCAAAACCCACAAGGUCACUUAUGAUGAUGGGGAAAUCGAAAUAUUAGACCUAACAAGUGAACGCUGGGAGCUGCUACGAGAUAUCAAUUUGUCUGCUGAUGAGGAGCCAAAGAUUGGUGCAGAGUCUGCAGACCCUAGACCUUCUCAAGCGCAAUAAGCUUCUCUUUCAAUCAUUUGGCCUUAAUGUUUUGGUUUUUGCAGUGUCUUGCUAUCCGGGUGUUUAAUGUGAAGAUUUCCCGAACAACCAAGCCGUGCUUAUGUCGGGUUCAGGCAUUGUAUCUGAAAUAAUUUUGCAAAACUUGCUACAGUCUGGGAUAUGCAGUUUAAGUAUUUUGACGUUCAAUAUUUCUUCAGCAUCUUAAAUCGGUGACUUUCAUCUAAGACAAGUGGUUUGCUUUACAGUUCUUGUACCCAAUGAACUAUCAUGGUGAAAGAUGGUGUAAAUGUGCUCUAAUUUUAGUUAGCUUAUAUGAUGUUGGUGCUUGCUUA